AUGUUCUUUGACUACGUCCUUAACGCACUGUACGGGUCGUGCGGUGUCGACAUGUGUUUCUCGCUCUUGCGUGAGCUGAGUGCAAACGAGCUGGCGAUUCCAGACGAGGGCUGUACACCGACCCCAGUGGCCGAGUGGUAG